AUGUCCCUAGUGUUGGGCGGAUCCAGGCCCAGGGUUUCAGGGUGUCUCUCGAUAAAACGGAAGCCCUGCUAUUCCAUAGCCCGAGGAUGUGUCCUUCUUCGUGGCAGCAUGGUGGUUGAAGGCGUUAGGAUUCCGGUGGCCUCCAGUAUGAAGUAUCUUGGUCUUGUUCUGAAUGGUCACUGGAAUUUCGGGAGACUUGUGAGGGCGGCAGGAGGAUUUGGCAAUCUGUGA